GGCGGUUGAGGCCACCCCGGGCGCGUAGCUGCCCUGCCCGGCCCCUGGCACACGGGAGGCGGAACCCGGCGGCCGCCCCCGCCCCUCGCCGGCGGAGCGCGUCGGGGAGUUGGGCUCGGCGGCCGGAGCUCCGAAUGGGGCGGCGGAGGCGGCGCUGCUCGGCCUGAAGAGAGCCCGCCGGCGGCUCCCGGCCGGAGGGGGUCGAGCGCGGACGGCCGAUGGCCGGGCUAGAGGACGGCCGGGAGUGGGCGUACAGGGUUGAUUCAUAUGGAUUUGAGAGGCCAGACGACUUUGAUUAUGCAUCCUAUGAAGCGUUCUUUUCCAGAUACCUCGUGGUGCUCACCAGAAGAGCAAUAAAAUGGUCCAAGCUCCUGAAAGGGAAAAACAGCAUACAGAAGAGUUUAAAAGUGAAGAGAUAUAUCAGGAAAGGCAUUCCCAAUGAACACCGUGCGUUGAUCUGGAUGAUGGUGAGUGGGGCUCAAACCAACAUGGAGCAAAACCCUGGAUACUACCAGAGACUGCUCGAAGGAGAGAAAAAUGACAAGCUGGUUGAAGCAAUCAAAACAGACAUGAACAGAACAUUUCCAGAUAAUGUAAAAUUCCGCAGAACGGCUGAUCCCUGCUUGCAGCAUGCUCUCUACAAUGUGUUGGUGGCAUAUGGACAUCACAAUAAAGCAGUAGGAUAUUGCCAGGGCAUGAAUUUCAUAGCUGGAUACCUGAUUCUUAUUACAAAGAAUGAAGAGGAGUCCUUUUGGUUGCUAGAUGCCCUUAUUGGAAGAAUAUUGCCUGAUUAUUACAGUCCCGCAAUGCUGGGCUUGAAGACCGACCAGGAAGUGCUGGGAGAGCUGGUGAAGAUGAAAGUUCCAGCUGUGGCCGAGCUGAUGGAAAGACACGGAGUCAUGUGGACCCUUGUGGUGUCACGCUGGUUUAUCUGCUUGUUCAUUGACAUCCUUCCAGUUGAGACUGUGCUCCGAAUAUGGGAUUGCUUGUUCUACGAAGGGUCAAAGAUCAUCUUCCGCGUGGCCUUAACACUAAUUAAGCAACAUCAAGCUUUUAUUUUGGAAGCCACCAAUUUCCCUGACAUUUGUGACAAAUUCAAGCAGAUCACCAAAGGAACGUUUGUAACAGAGUGUCACACUUUCAUGCAGGGCGGUUCAUUGUGGAGCCAGGAGUUGGACUGGAUGAUCCACGUGGAUCCCUUCCAGCUUGGGACAACAUGCCUGACUAGGCGUAGCAUCCAGUGUCACAAAUGCCUUCGAAGAGGAGUUUAACUGGAGACUCAACAUUCAGACUAGCUUUUGUGCCGUUGCUUUCGCACGACCUGUAAAGCAGCAGCUCAGAGCGAGUGUUCCACCACGUCUUUACAAAGGAGUAGGCGAUGAUUCUUCUGUUUCAAGGGGCAGUAAGCAAUUCCACACCAUUGCUACCACCAACGGAGAGAUCUCACACAGCUUACAGAGAAUUCUGUGAGAAUUCU